AUGCCUCAUUUAUUCGUCACUAUAUCCUUCUUGGCGUCUCUCUUUAAAUCCCUCACGUCUUGCCGUACUUGCCUGCUCAUUCCUUACCUCAUCUCCUCAUUCCUUCUCACAGUUCCUUCGCACACCUCCUCACUCCUUCCCAAACCUCCUCAUCUCUUCUCACACCUCCUUAUUCCUUCUCACAUGUCCUCAUUCCUUCCCAUUCCCAAGGCGUCUCUCUCUGAAGCCCUCACUGCGUGCCGCACUCGCCUGCUUGCAGCCCACGCGGCUGCCGAGUCAUUCCUUGUGGAUGUGGAAAACAGCCACUUGCAGGAUACUGCUGUUGGUGCUGCUGGUGCUCUUGAUGCUGUUGGUGCUGCUGGUGCUCUUGAUGCUGCUGGUGCUGCUGAUGCUGCUGGUGCUGCUGAUGCUGAUGCUGCUGAUGCUGCUGGUGCUGCUGAUGCUGAUGCUGCUGAUGCUGCUGGUGCUGCUGUUGCUGAUGCUGCUGAUACUGCUGGUGGUGUUGCUGUUCCUGAUGGUGGCGCUGCUGGCGUUGCUGGUGCUGAUGCUGUCAACCCUGGAAUUUGCAACAGCAGCAGCGGCAGUGGAAGCAGCAGUGAUGGCGAUGGUGCGUUCACCAGCAGUGCAAUGGGCAGCAGAGGAAGCGGUGGUUUCCUGGAAGGAGACCGAGACGACAUGACGCAACAUGGCUUUGACUUCUCCCAGAGCGGCCCGGAAGACGAGUGGGAGGAGGAGGAGAUAGAGAGUGUGGAGCAGGUGGAGCGGGCGGUGAGGGGGCGGUUUGGGGGGUUCCUGCGGACGGUGAGUGCGGAGCAUGUGGCCAAGCACGUCAAAGGCAAGCUGCCCGAGGAAGCCACCGGGAAGCUUCUGCGCUGGUGGACCGAGCAUGUCAGCUGGCCGUGUGUGUGCUCAUCCUUCUUUGGAUUGCCGUCCGCCCUCCCUGAAUGUGUUGGUGUCUACCCUUUCGGGAUGCAGGAGCAGGAGAAGCUGCAGCUAAUGGGGCAGACGGGGCUGGACUCGCGGCAGGUGAACAACUGGUUUAUUAACCAGCGGAAGCGGCACUGGAACCAGCACAGCAAGAGGCAGCGCAAGGGCGUGUAG